AUGACCCCUCCCCGCAUCAACCACAAAAUCUACAACCGCGGCCCUUCAGCCCAAUCCGCCAGGCGCGUUUACGAAUACACCGGGCAAUGGCCACACGAACUCGUCAAAGGCUUCGAGCCCGCAUCUUGGGCCGAGACGUUCACCCGUGAAUUUGCGACACUUAUGGGUAUUUCUCAUGGAGCGAGAAAUGUUGAGAUCAAGGAUGUUUUGCAACGAUUGAGGAGCAGCGCCGCCGAGCGGAAGGCGCCGCGCAACUGUCUUACUCGACUCGACAUCUCCCAGGCUCGGGAGUGGUUGAUUGUUGAGAAAGGUGUUACUACGACGAAGUGUAAGAGAGUCAGGCACACGAAAGAGGAGAGUGAUGAUGAGUCUGAGAAGGGAUCCAAGUCCAAGGCGGAACGAGACUCUGAGAAGGAACCAAAGUCUGAGGAAGAAGAAGCAGAGGAUGAGGAAGAUUCAGGGUCAGAUCCUGAGCCUUUGUCCGAGAUCAACGUCCAUGACAGUGACGACAGCACAAGCGACAGUUCAAGCGAUGACGACGAAAUGGAGAUUGAUAAGCCGACUCCUUCAGCUACUACCAAGACCAGACUUCGAAACGGCCAAUCUACCAGCAGACAGAGCAAACAACCUUUCCCAACCCCAUCAUUGACUCCCGAAGAUGCUCGCAAACGACUUUUUGACGGCCUGGACGAGCAUUAUCGAAGAGCCGUUCGAAGAGCAGCCAUAACGAAGAAGCGUCAAUCCCAACCCCAACCGAAAUCACAGCCACUGCUUACGCCCCCAACCUCAGGGGAUUCAGUACCACCUGAUAACAAAGGUGGCGAUAGAGGAUCUAGCAGCCCUCCUUUAUCCGAGUCUCCAGACGAGCCCUGGCCGAAGAGAUUGCGUACGCGCGCUGGAAACGUUUCAUCAUUCCAUCGACCAGGUCAACUGGAGAGCUCUCUUCGACGGGAAUCUACCACCACGAUUCCCGAUUCCAACGCUGGAUCCGAUGAGAAUUCUCGAGAUACCGCUCCUGCCUCGCCUGCUUCAGUGUCGAGCAACUGCGAAGAGCAUCCACCCGCGACAGCUCCUGCCACUGCAGCGCCGCCUGCCGUUGAAUCCUCCACAGUUGCCCCCACAACAACAACCCACGCUCCCACACCUUCGAACGAAAACAUCAGCUCGACAAGCAUCGAUUCCACAUCAGCUACUGGGCGGCCUCGACGAAAUAUUCAGCUACCUUCCCGAAUUGCUCAUUCGGAGCCCCAAAGCGCCGUGGCUGUUGUCGAAAAGUCUCGCAAGCGACCUCGAGAGCCUGCUUCUGACACGCGCGAGCAUCCAAUGUCGCUUGAGUCGACACCGGAAAUUGAGGCAGAUUUAACUUCAGUUAUGGGAUCCCACGCCAGCAGCAACUCCCUCCCUGCUGCAUCCUCUGCCCAGCACAUUCCGACAGCAGCCUUUUCAUCCUUGCAAACCGGACGAAGUACGACCUCUCGCAUUUCGAUCGCUUCCUUACUCCAAGUCCCCUCGGAAAACGCUGGCUCCGAAUCCCCAUCGCCAGCGACUUUGGGACGAGACGGCGAGUCGUCCAACCCACCACAGUCGAACUCUCCUCCAACAACUGUGAGCCCGCCCGCCAAGAAACAGAAGAUUGCGGAUACGAGAGCAGCAAGUACGUCUUCCAACAUCGAUACCACAGAACAGCCCACAGAGGAAAGCUCCGACGAAGACCUACCAGACUGGGAUGCAUUGAUAGCAGACUGGGACGAAAAAGCAGCACGCGUCGUCAACACACAUACAAAUAUCCAAGAGAAUAGAAUAACUCUGUCCGAAAAGUCCAAAUACGUCGAGUUCUUGGAACACAUGCAUGGAACGAAUCCCCCAGAUGAAGACGGCCGCAAGCACUACGAAGAUGAAAAAAGAAAGCUGAGAGACAUCCAGUUCGUCCAUGGAAUAUUCUUGAGAGGAUUUGAGGAAGCGAAAAGAGCGGCUGUCGCGACGGCGGAUCCUGGUGUUGCUUUGGCGGAACAGGCGAGACGAAUGGGAGCCAGUAAGCGGAAGCGUCAGGGACUGACACAUUAG